CCACCCCGCAGACCGUCUCCACCCCGCGCGUGCACCGGGGGCGUUGUCGUGCGAAACCCACGGGGAUGUGCUGAGGCGCUGUUCAUCUCUGCUCGGUGUGGGACCCUCAAACUUCGGUUUUGUCAUGGAGCUGGACCGGCGGCUGCUGCUGGCUCACUGCGCGGCUCACGCCCUCUCCAUGGCGGCGGGCUUGCUGGUGGUCGUGCCGAUGGCUCUCAACGGCUCUGCCUUCAAAGGCCGCUGCGCGCUCUUCUCCACCGGCUACUGGAGGACGGAGGAGCGGGCCGAGCUGAGCGGGCUGCCAGGCCAGGAGGACCGGCUGGUGGUGCAGCAGUGGGGCCCGCCGGCGGCGUGCCAGUUCGCCACGUUUGUGGGCAUUUUCACGGUGCUGUACGGAGCUGCUCAGGGCUGGAGGUGCCUCUUCUAUCUGCACGGACGGCACGAUGACACCCUGUUUUCAUCCUUCCUCACAGUCCUGCUCAGUGUGUGUGUGCUCUUCCUCUCUGGAGGCUCCAGCGUCAUCUUGUCUCUGGGACUCAGCUCCUGGUGCGACAUCGUGACCGACAAUAACGCUCGGCCUUACAGCUGUAUAGAGUCUCAGUCUGUUGCACUCAACCUGGACGUGGACACUUCAUCUUUCUACACAGACCUCAGUUUGGCGCAGGCGUCUCUGUGGUGCGUGACGGCUCUGUGGCUGGUUCAGUCCACCCUGGCCUUCCUGCGACUCUACCACUCGCACAGCCAGCACAUCAGCGGCCGCUGCCUGCUCCGGGAGAAGGAGAUGCUGCUAGGAUACAGUACGUCGGACAGCGGCUCCCCCUCGCCUCCACACCCGCCAGCGACACUCAACUUCCUGAUCUAACCCGCCACUCGCGUUUGCAAGUUGCCACACUGAACUCCACCCUUUUAAAUUUCCACCUCCACCCUGCUAAUGUUGCUUUUUGCUUUGACACAACUCUUGUGUAACAGAGAAUAGAUAGCGUCUGAACCGCAAAGUAUUCAGAAACCGCAGCACAGACAAUGUUGUUCAGUCUUCUUGCAGGAAGUGCAUUUGACUAACACAUCGAAUUAUUUAUGCUUUUUACUGACCAGACUGUUUGUCUGCUUAGACGAAGUUAUGUAAUGACGGAUGGACUGUAGUAAAUUAGAAAACAUGAGCGUCUCUUGUGACGUGAGAUUGUUAUCUGAGGAAGAGCCAUGUGAACUCAGUUUAUAACAGAGCCUUGUUUGUACAGUACAAAAUCUUUAGACUCAAAGACAGAAAGUGAAAAUGAAAAAUAGAUAUGCUAAUAUUUUUUCCCCCUCAACUACAGGUAAAAAUAUACAAUAUCUGAAAUAAAAGUAGCCCUCAGCUUGACAUUUCUACUUUUUGAGGCAACAAAUAUAAAUAUUUCUCUGGAAUAAGAUCAAGGAUGCUGCUCUUAAUCUGCUUUAUUUUCAAUAUUGUUAUCCAUACCAGACUUUUAGUUCCUGGUCUUGCCUUUUGUGAACUUAAUGGUCAACUGAAGCUAUUUCUUUCUCUAGAUUUCCCUCUCUGUUAAAUCUUGUUAGUCUUGCAUGCUACACACAGUUUGAUAAGUAAAGGGAUUGUGUUUUCUGUGCAUCACCGUACCAGUCCAUUCAGGUAGAUUCCACUUUUUGAUCCUGAAAACUUUUAAGCUCUCUUAAAUAUAAACUAAAGAAACAAAUUCUAUUUUAAAAAGUGACAUUAAAUGUGCAGAUAUUUUUUGUGAAAGUGAAAAAGUUGUCAAAGAAUAAACUACAAUGCAUGCAGUACAUGCAGUAAUAAUCUAUUUCAGUACAAAAACAAAGUAUUUGUACUUUGUUUCAUCUUAUUAAUAGUUUGUUAAGCUGUGAAGAAAAACUGUCCACUGAGACGCCCAAGAAACGAGCGUAGCAGGGAGGAGCUGUUCUGCUCCAGUGACGCUUCCUGAAAAAGGCAACAGCCUCUCCAAAGCUGAAACUGGGAUUAAACUGAGUGCAGUUCAAAAGGGAUGUUAUCGGUACAGUUGCUUGGUUUUUUUUUGUUUUGUUUUUUUGUUUUUUUUUUUUGUUUUUGUUAUUCUUUUGUCACCACAAGCAGCCCAAUGAUGUUUUUCUUUCUCCAUCAUCAGCCUGUUGUGAUUAUAUAUUUUAGGAUGCAUGUUCGUUUACAUUUCUGCUGAGGUGUGACAUUAUGCACAGUGGAUUCCUCAUCAGGGAGAAGAACAUGUAGGAAGAUCCUGGUGCAGCACAGAGAUGCUUUAACAGUGAAGCAUGUGGUGAGAGUGUGACUGAGCCACCGUGUUUUGUGAAACAGACUCACUGUGUGAGCAUGACCUCAAUGUUCUGUUGUGUAACGGAAAAACCCGCUGCUGACCUCUCCUCUUGUGACGGGCUCUUUUUAUUUUUUUCAUGAUGCUGUCGGUGUGGAUGCAGCUGCUCUCUGUCGACCGUGAAGCAGUCAAAUCUCAAAUAAUCAGGUCAGCUGUCAAUGAUCUUCGGGAGUUAAUGUUGAGAGAAAUUUCUGUGGAGCUCUGUGGGGUCAGUGACGAGGGAGAAGUGACAAUCUUUGCUGAAGUUGUAAAACAAAUGAUGCAAAGUGGCGUACAAGCUUUCUGUUGUUGCCACUGCCCCGAGCAGCCGCGAUGACGCACCGACAGCUGAGCAGAAAAUCUGAAGUGAAGUAGAGGAGAGACGGCGUUGUCACUUGAAUAUGACUGUGAUGUAUGAAAUGUUUUUGUACAGUAACUGUGCUCCUGAUUUUUAUUUACCUGUUAUGUCUGUUUGUGUUCAUUCACAUUCAUGUUUUUGUAUUUGUCUUGUUUUAAAGAAAUAACAUGCUUCCCAUUGAAAAAAGAAGACUGUCAUUAUUCCCACAUAAAAAAUCCAUUCAUACUUGA